AUGAUUAAGAAUCAUAACAGAAGAAAUUUUUGGAUAGAGAUUUAUUUGACAAAUUUGGGAUUAAUAUCAUUAAAAUUAAGUAUUGUGAAAUGUUAGUAUUAAAGUGCUGGCUGCAUAACACAAUAUCAUAAGUUGUGUUAAUAAUGGAAACUUCACUAAUAUUCAUUUACUGAGAAAUUUAUCACUUAUUCAGAGGGAUGGACGUUUGAAUUAAAUUAUUAUACUAGAAAUUGGUGUGGAAACUGUCAAUAUUUGGUGUUUUCUGAAAUUUAGUAUCGCACUCAACUACCUCCUCAUUAAGAUGUGCUAAUAAGAUUGUUUAAAGAUGAUUCAAAUCCUAUAAUAGUAGACUAUGCAUAUGGUAAAUAAACUUUUGAUAUUCUAUUAAUAGAAAUAUUAAUAAAGAAUCAUUAGAAUUCAUUAUUCGUUUUGAAAAUAACAACCUAAUCAACUGGUAUUUAAAGCCACAUAAGAGAUUUUGAAAUAUUUUACACUUAGCCAGAAGUAAUGCUAAACAUUUUCAAUGAAGGUUGUUUAUAGUAUCUUGAUGAUAAAUGCCUGACUUGCCUUGAAGGCUGGAUUUAAGACGAAUUUCUAAAAAAUUGUCAUCCUAUUUGUGGAGAUGGUAUAAUUCAAGGUUAAGAAGAAUGUGAUGAUAAUAAUCUGAUAUCAGAUGAUGGUUGUAUUUAAUGCAGGUUUUCUUGCCCCAACUUUUGCAAUUUAUGUAAAUUUGGAAAAUGUUUACACUGUUAAUCAAAUUAUCAAUUAAUUAAUAGUAGGUGUGAAGAAAUAAAUAAAAAUAAUGGUUUCAAACCAAUGAAUUAAAACUAUUAUACAUUUUCUGAUUUAUUAUUUUAUGGAAAUUAUUAUCACUUAUUAUUGCAAGAUUAUUUUAUUAAUCGAAAACCAUCUGAUAUUUCUGAUAAUGGCUUUUAAGCAUUUGAAAUUUUGGAAUCGUAUUUUUCAAAACUUUAAGAGAAUAAUGGAAUAAUGAUAUAGAAUUGCUUAAAUAGUUUAUUUAAAGUAUGUUUAGAAUGCUAACCUUUUUAUAAGUUAUCCUAUAAUAAGAAAUAUUGCAUUCCUAUUUGUAAUGAUGGAGUUGUCGUAGAAAAUGAAACCUGCGAUGAUUAUAAUAAUAUACAAUUUGAUGGUUGUUAUCAAUGUUAAUUAGGUUGCUAAUUAGAGUGUAAUUAAUGCAUCUAAUAGUAAUGCUACUCUUGUAUCGAUGGUUGGUAGAUUAUCGAUUAUCGAUGUUACCAAAUAUGUGGGGAUGGUUAUUUGGCUAUUUCUUCAUCAGAGUAAUGUGAUGAUGGAAAUUAUCAACCUUAUGAUGGAUGUUACAAUUGUAAUUUCGAAUGCAAAUGAAAUUGUCUUUAUUGUGAUAGUUCUAAUAAUUGCUUAGAAUGUUAAGACAAUUUUGAAAAAAGUGAUCAAAAUUACUGUAAACCUAUAUGUGGAGACGGAAUAAUCAUUGAAGGAUUAGAAGAAUGCGAAGACUUAAAUGAUAUUCAAUAUGAUGGCUGCUAUUAAUGUUUUUUUUAAUGUAGUCAAAAUUGUUCCAAAUGUAAUUAAGGGAAGUGCUAAGAAUGUGCUGAAGGAUAUGACUUAAUUAUAAGUGAAUGCAACUAAGUAAUAAUUAUUAAUGAUAAUUAAAACGAUGGCAAUAAGGCAAUCUAAAACUAAUGUGGAGAUCAAAUUCUAUCUACUAAAGAGUAAUGUGAUGAUGGAAAUCAAUAUAGUGGUGAUGGAUGUUCUAUCGACUGCAAAGUAGAAAAAACGUGGAAAUGUAAUUAAGAGUAGCCUAAUUAGUGCUUUAUAUAAACUAAAUUUGUCUUAAAAUACGAAAAUCAAACUUACGAACAUCAAUUUAUUUUCUUAUAGUUUUCAAAUGAAGUGAAAUAUGUUUCAAAAAUAAGUUUUCAGGAUUCUAUUUUAGCUGAAAUAACAAAUUUAAAUAAAAAUUAAUAUCAAAUAAAAAUCAGUUCUGUAGUAAAUGUUAGUUCAACUGAGUUUACUCUACCUUUGUUUGAAUUUGAUGUUAUUAUUUUUGAGGUUAUGACAACGUAACCAAAUUUUUCAAUUUCCAUCAACUCAACUUUAAUUGACAAUAACGAUAUGCCUGUCUCUAUCUCAUCAUAAUAUUUAUUACUAAAUGAACCUAAAGUUUUGACUUAGAUUUAAAUUAAGGUUGCUAAUAGGUUUUAAGAUAUAGGAAAUGCUUUAAUUAUAGGUUUAGGAGCUAUUAGCAUAUUGAUGUUAUUAUUUGGAGAUCUAUUACAAAGCUUAGAAAUUUUUGACAUUUUACAAUAUUAAUCUUAUCUGAAAUUUGUAAACGUUUCUUAUCCAUAAAAUUUAUACAUCUAUUUUCAAUCAUCAGAAAUUGUAACAGUUAGUCCUAUAUUGAUAUCAUGUAAAAUAAUGGAAAUUCUUAAUAAUCUAAUUCCUUAUAACUUUAUUCCAAGUAUAGGAAAGCUUAAAGAGUAUCAAAUGAAUGCUGACUUUCUUUUAAACAUCUAGAGCUAAAUCUCUUAAAUUGCUUUUAUUGUUAUAUUAUACCUAUUUCUUAAAUUUUAUCCAAAGUUCUUAAAUAAUUUUAUUUUUACGCCUAACAAUAUUAAUGCUGUAAGAUAGAUGAAUUAAAAAUGGCUUGAAAAGCUAAUAUCUAAAAUCUAUCAACUUAAUAAAAAAGUCCUAAAUUUAAAAAAUAUUUAUUCUAUGGAAGGAUUUAGGUAGCUCUACUAUGCAAAUUCCUGGGAUUUACUUUUUAAAGCAUUUCUUUAUAUAACAUCAAAUGCAUAAUCAGGAUAUCGAUCUAUUAUUUCUUACAGCAUUUGUUUUGCAGUAUUGGGUUUGGCAAUUAUUUUUCUGUUGUAAAAUUUUAGAAGAUUGAAUUAACAUUCAAGCAAUUAAAAAUUAAGAUUUGAAUAGUAUGAGGGCAUCAUGUUAUUAAAAAAACUAUUAUUUAUCUUAAUCUUAAUUGAUUUUUAAAAUAGCGAGGUAGUUCAAUGUUUAAUGUUAUCACUGUUGAUUUUAGGAUAUAUUGGAUUGUUAUCACUGAUAAAAAAAAAUAUCAAAAAGAUAGAAUUUAUUGGAAUAAUUUGGAUGGAAAUUCCAGUAAUUAUCUUUACAUUAACAAGUUUAAUUUAUUGCUCUGAUUUUUCAGGCUCUAUGGCAUAAAGUGAAUAAAUUUUAGCAGGUUUUUGCCAAAUUGUAAUCUUGAUUCUUGGUUUAUUGGGGCCGUUAAUCAAACUUGGAAUUAAGCUCUGCAUUGAAAUCAAAUUAUUUUAUCAAAAGAAAGGAGAAAAUCCAUUGUUCAGACUUAAUGUAUCCAAUAUCCUUCAACACGCAGAAUGA